AUGAAUGAGGAAGAUGAGCGGUUUCACUAUUUUGACAUACACGAUUUAAAUAAAGCCGUCCAUCACAAUCACAAAGAUGAAUUAGAAGAGGUAAGACCUGAGGAUGAAAUUGAAAAAUUAGUGGACGAAGCUUUUAAAGAAAUUGAUUUAGACGGAGAUGGAUUGAUAAGUUAUCCAGAAUAUCUUAAAAAAUUGAGUUAA